AACCUCAAACUUGUCACAUAGAGAGGGAGAGUAAUGACCGAAGCGCUGAAGCGAGACUACCGAAUCUGCGAGGAGAUCGGGCGCGGCCGCUUCGGCGUCGUCUGCCGCUGUGAGCCCCUCCUCCGCCCCACCACCGCCGCCGCGCCGCCACCCCCGCCCUCCUUCCUCGCCGUCAAGUCCAUCGACAAGUCCGCCGCCUCCGGCGACGACCUCGACUCCCACUGCCUCCUCAUGGAGCCCAAGGUGCUGUCCCUCCUGUCCCCGCACCCGAACGUCCUCCGCAUGCACAAUGCCUACGAGGACUCCUCCCACCUCCACCUCGUCCUCGACCUCUGCGACUCCCCUGACCUCCACCGCGCCGUCGCCUCCACCGGUCCCCUCCCGGAGCCCGACGCCGCCCGGGUCCUCUCCCAGCUGAUGCGCGCCGUCGCCCACUGCCACCGCCACGGCGUGGUCCACAGGGACAUCAAGCCCGAGAACAUACUCUUCGACUCCCGGGGCCGGCUGAGGCUAGCGGACUUCGGCUCCGCGGAGGUGAUCGGCGGGGGAGAGCCGGCGGCGGAGGGGUUGAGGGGGGUGGUGGGGACGCCGUACUACGUGGCGCCAGAGGUGGUGGAGGGGAGGGAGUACGGGGAGAAGGUGGACGUGUGGAGCGCCGGGGUGGUGCUGUACGUGAUGCUGGCGGGGUUCCCGCCGUUCUACGGCGAGAGCGCCUCCGAGAUCUUCGGGGCGGUGCUGAGGGCGAACCUGAGGUUCCCGCCGCGGGUCUUCCGGUCGGUGUCGGCGACGGCGAAGGAUCUGCUCAGGAAGAUGCUGUGCAGGGAUGUUUCCAGAAGAUUCACUGCCGAUCAAGUCCUCAGGCAUCCAUGGGUGACCAGCUUUGGAGGAGCAGAAGCGACCGAUCUACAAAUCUUAACCUGAACGGAACGAACAGCUUUUGGCUCGAGCAUUAGUAAGAAGGCACGCGUCUACUAUGUAUAGUUUGUGAAGGGAGGGUGCUUGAUGUGAAUAUAAAUAGGCAUGAAGGAGGGGAGGGGAAGUGACUGGGGGCUUCUCAAGAAGGUUCUUGUUGUGAUGUAGAUGGGAUUUCCUGAAGGAAGUAAGCCACUGUUUACUCUGUUUCCUUUGAGGGGGAUUGCGUUAGUAACUUUGUAUCUUGUAAGAGGUUAGGCUCCAUGGAAAUUUCGCAGUUAAGGAAGACUUUGUCUGGUUUGAUA